CUUUCGACGACGUAUCAACUAUCUGUUUUCUGAGGGCAUUGUACCGUUAUUCUUGUCUAUGUUACCUACUAUUACAUCCGUAUAUUUUUCAAUAAUAAUAAAUGUCACGACCACUGUCGUGACAACAACACACAGUUAACCGUUCGUUAACAAUACGCCAAAUUGUAGUACGCUCGUUGCGGCUGGAGUGGUGUGUGUUCUAUAUUUUAUCGUGUGAACACAUACCUAUCAUAAUUGUUGGGAAAAAGAGGCGCGUGCAUGCAAACUGAGACAUGCAUGGAACUCAGCUACUAUGUGUCUUUUCGCCUAGGCUUUAUGCCUAGUGUUCUUAGGCUCGAAUGAUACUGAAUUUGGGUGAGUGUAGUACACUAGUACACCCACUAGUCUGUACCCACAUACUUGGAUUAUAGGUAAUUAUUAAUGAAACCAUGAAUGUAUUUGCUUGUACGGCACAUCAUCUACCUAUUCACUAUUUAUUAAAUUUGAGUUUUUUUUUAUACUAUAUUUUCAAAGACUACUUAACAUAUAGUAACAUUGUUGUGUUUAGAUAUCGUCGAAAUGGGUGAUCAUUCUCAAAAAUAUGCCAAUGACAGUGACCUAAAAAAUUCAUUUUGGAAAAAAAAUAUAAGAAAUCUUCCUGGCAGGUGAUUGUCAAUUUGAUUUUCAUUUUUCAGUCCAUCAUUCAAAUGUGUACAUAAUUUUUUUUUUAGAGCAAGUCCUAAGAAAGACAGUAAAUCUGUAUCAUCAUCUGCAUCUACUUCAUUUGAUGAUUUCCAAGAAAGUGUUAGUGAUGCCUGGGAGGUAGAAGUGGAAGAAGAAAUUCUACGUAUAGCAGGUAAACAAUUGAUUACUUAUCACAUUUUUAUUUUCAAAUGGACUUGUAUGUUUUGAAUUGUCUAAGAAUAUAAAUUUGUUUAUUUUUUAUAUUAGUUAACAAUUAUGUUAACUUUUAAUACGUUCUAUACAUUAUACUAGAAAUAACGAUUUAUGAAUAAAAUAAAUCAUGUACCUCAUGGUUAAUACUACAUCUUUUAAUCUAUUAAAAGUGUCAUACAAUUUGUCAUAACUUUAAUGAUAUAAACAUUCAAUAUUCUUUUUUUUUUGUAAAAUAUACAUAUUGAAACUAUACAAGUAGCUUUUUUUAAUAGAAUGUUCAAUGCAAAUUUAAAAAAAAAAAAAAAAAAAUAACUAAAUAACAGAAUUAGUAUAAAAUCCUCGUAGAUUUUCGUUAUUCAUGUUUUUUUUUUUGGAAUUUUGUUUACAAAUUACAUUCAAUUAUACCAUAUGUGAUUAUAUUUUGGUUUUUGGUAUUUCAAUUUUCAAUCAUAAAUUAAUGUUUGUAAAUUUGUUUGCUUGUUAUGUAGUACCAGCAAUAUUAAUUACCUUAUCUGUUCAUCUUUAAGUUUAUUUUGUGUAUUUCAAAAUCAUUGAAUUUUCAGACGUGAAAAUAUCAAAACGUAUUGUGCAUUCUUCUGCGAACAAUGUUAUCGGUUUUGAUAAGGCUUCGAUAGAGAAAAUUCAUAAAUCAAAAAACUACUCCAAUUCUGAUUGUAAGUUUCAUUCGCAGACAAUAAGAUAUUAAGAAAUAUUAAUAUCUUGAUAUGUUUAUGGUUCCAUUGUUCUGGGAAUAUCAUCUUAAUAUUUAUAAAAUUGUAUUUGUAAACAUGGUUUGGGUGUACGUUUAGUAUCAUUUCCUAUCGAAUUGUGUCGUGCAUAUUUAAAUAAUUUGUUAUUCUCAAUGUCCCUUAACCUUUUUAAAUGUUUUGCUUUUAAAAUUAAAAUUGUAUGUUAAUUUAUAAUCAUAAAGUUCAUAAAUAAUACUAUUAAAUAUUGUGUUUUAUUGUUAUUUACAGAGAUUGAAUUUUGUGAGUAAUAAUUUUUUUUUAUUAUAGUAAAAGGAGAAUCGAGUUCACAAACUGAUAAAAAUAAAAAUAUAGAAAAUGGGCUGAAUUUAUCUGGUAAGACAUGAAACAAAUUGAAAAUAACUUAUUAUUAAAUGUUUUUAAUUAUUAUUUUAGAAGCUGAUAGCAACAAAUUAUCCAAAUUCCAAACGCUGCUUGAAAGUAAUUUGUUAAAUUUAGAAGAUUUGAAGGCAUUAAGUUGGUCUGGUGUCCCAGUUGAAGUACGCCCCAUGGCAUGGAGGCUUUUGGCCGUAUGUUUUAUAAUUAUUAACUAUUUAAUUUUAAUUAUCUAGAUUGCCAUAUGAUUAAAUAAAUAAAUAAUCUAAAAUAUACCUGUACACAAUUAUUAAUGUAUAUUAAUGUAAUUAUUUAUGUAUUAAUUAUACACAUGUUUUUAAAUUUACAUAAUCCUGAUGCAAUAAAUUAAUUUAAUGUAAUUAAAUAUCUAAUGUUAACAGGGUUAUUUGCCAGUUAGUUCUGAACGUCGACAACAAACUCUUGAACGAAAACGUAUUGACUAUGCGAAUCUUGUGAAACAAUAUUAUGACACAGAUAAGGAUGAAGUUUAUAAAGAUACCUAUAGGCAGGUUUGUAUCUAUAAAAUAUUGAACAUUUUUUUUAAAACCAUACUGAUCAAUUUAUUAAAUUAUAAUUAAUAAUCUUAAAUUAAUACAUUUAUUUUUUAAAGAUUCACAUAGAUAUUCCUCGUAUGAGUACAGCCCUUUUUCAACAAACAAUUGUACAAGAGAUGUUCGAAAGAAUUUUAUUUAUUUGGGCAAUUCGACAUCCAGCUUCAGGAUAUGUACAAGGAAUGAAUGAUUUAGUUACACCAUUUUAUAUAGUAUUUUUACAAGAGUAUCUCCCUAUAGGUAAGUAAUUAAUCCUUCAAAAUCCUGACGGUUACAAUUUGGCAUUUGCCAUCAACAAGCUGUUUCUUUUAUAAAAUAAUUACUUUUUAUUUGAAUAUAUUUACAAAUUAUUAGGUACAAAUAUUGAAAAUCUUGAUGUAAACUCAAUAUCAAAAGAAAAUCGAAAUUCACUUGAAGCCGAUUCAUUUUGGUGCUUGUCUAAGUUCCUGGACGGUAUCCAAGACAAUUAUAUUUUUGCUCAGCUUGGAAUUCAGUACAAAGUAAAUCAGCUAAAAGAGCUCAUUCAAAGAAUUGAUGGUUGGUUACUAAUUUAAUUAAUUUAAUUUUUCAUUUUAAAUGAUCUUUUUCUUUUUCACAUAAUAAAUCUAUCCUAUCCAUAAUUUUUUAUUCUACUGAACAUUAUUUCAUACUUACCUUCAAUAAUCUCUAGCCACAAUUUUAUUUUUUAACUUCUAUUUACUCUUAAUUCCCGUAUGUUCUUGACUUUUAUCAAUAUACUAUCAGCAAACAAUUUUUAUGAAACUGGUUUGAAUUUGUGAUCCCCGGGAAGACAUGAGAUAUACUACAUACCACCAUUAGAUUACAAUAUAUAUACUAUGUAAUUGAUAAUAUUGAUUUAUUUGGCAUAACACACAUAUAAUAUCCGCAAUUCACACAAUAUUAAAAACUUCAAAAAUCAUAACUAAACAUGUCGGCCCAAUUCUGACUUUAUCAUCUUUCUUAAAUUGAGAAUAGGUAUACAUAUGAUCAAAACAAAAAAAAUUGAAUAAUGUGCAAGGACCAGUAGGCUAGAUUUGUUCCACAUAAUAUUUUAAUUUGAUAUUAAAAUUCUUUUAUAAAAAUAAAUAUUUCAUAAAACUCAAUUUUGUAUUUUGUUCACAAAGUAUGAAAUUUAAGGAACCACAAGUUAAAACUACAAGCAUUUCUGUUUAGUCUAACAAUUUUAUAUACAUAGUAUUUACAGAAUAACAAUUACUUAUAAAACUCACAAAAUUAAAAUGUUUAUAAUUAACUCAAAAAUACAUCAAAAGUUUUAAAAAUUUUACUAUAUCUAGACAAAAGAAAUCUAAGUUUUCUGUCAAAAUUUCAGGUCUAUGAAUAUAAAUUUCAUUAAAAAAAACUUAAUUAUAAAUAAUAAAAUAAUUAUUUUUAUACAUUUCCUCAUACUUACUGCAUUUUUUUUUCGGUAGUGUUCAAUUAUAAAAAAAACUACAAUAAAAAUCAAAAAACAACUUUCUUGUUCACCAACUAGAUCAAAAAUUUAAUAAAAACGAGCUCAUGAUGUUUUUUUUAUUGGAGCAUUAUUUAUGGUGGAAAACAUGAGCUAUAUAAAUUAAAAAUAAUUUAAUCAUAUUUCAUCCCUUUUGGUUUUUCCAAAUUAUUAGGAUAACUACUUUGGAUUUCAAAAAAUUACUUUCACUGUCAGUGGUGAAAUAUUAUAAGGAACAAAAUCUAUCUUUUGUCAUUUCUUGUUUGGAGCAAUAUUAUUGGUAGAAAAGAUUUUCAGAUAAAAAAAAAAAACAUAAUUUAUAAAUAUGUACUGUUUUAUAAAUCAAAAUUAUAUAUUUAUUUAGGUACACUACAUGAACAUUUGAUGAAACAUGGAAUAGACUACUUACAAUUUUCAUUUAGGUGGAUGAAUAAUUUACUAACAAGAGAAUUACCAUUGAAAUGUUCUAUAAGAUUAUGGGAUACAUAUCUAGCGGAAUCAGAUUGUUUCGCUACUUUUCAGCUUUAUGUUUGUGCAGCAUUUUUGUUGCACUGGCGUCAAGAAUUACUUGAAGAAAAAGAUUUUCAAGUAAUAAUUUAUAAAUAAUAAUAAUUAUCUUGUCUGGUUUUUUAAUAGUAUAUUUUGUUGUUAGGGUCUCAUGAUUAUGCUACAAAAUUUGCAAACUCAGAAUUGGACAGACACUGAUAUCAGUCUAUUAGUAGCAGAAGCAUACAGGUUAAAAUUCACAUUUGCUGAUGCUCCAAAUCAUUUGACUACGAAAAGGUGAUAAUUUUAAUUGUAUAAUACCUAUCCAUAUUUUUUAAAUUUUAAUUUCCUCUACACAUUAAAAAUAAGUGAUAUAAGUUUUACUUUACUGUAUUAAGUGUAAAUACUAUUGGUAAUAUCAAAAAUGUGUAGUUUAUUUUCUUUUUAUUGUUAUGUGUUUUCAAUACACAGGGUUUUUGAUGUUAUUUUUUUUUUUUUAUCAAUUUAUACUGUGCAUACACUUUGUAUUAUAUGUAUGCCAUAGAGGUAUAGUCAAAUUAUUCAUUUAGUAAAGAUUCUUUACUAAUUGAUAUUAAAUUGUUUACUAUUUUGUUGGGAAUUAAUUAAAAUGCCAAAUUUGACUAUAUGUCCAGGACACAUUAUUUAUUUUAUAUAAAUAUAUAUACAUAGUAUUAUUCUAUUAUAAUUACUUAAUUGAUAAUAAAUUAUAACUAAAAUUUGAAGC